AUGGCUCCGCCGGCAAGUGCUGCAGAUGGUGUGGGCCCCGAUCUUGGAGAUCCCUACCUGCUGGACCUCAUGGCUGAGCUCAACGCAACGAAAAAGGCUUUGGGUGACGUCUUUGGUCGAGAACUGCAGGAGCCCAUCACCUUUGGCGCACAGAAAGGCCAGCAAGGUUCGCAGCUGCAGCUUCAACCGAAAGGUUUGCUUCUACAGACCCCAACGCUGAUGGGCAAGAUGUCGCAGUUCGGCCGACAAAGUGGCGGUGACAGCGACGAUGACAGCCCCAUCAGCCCACCGAGAGCGACGCUCGCAGCAUCUGCUAGUCCAUCAUGGAGAGAAGUGUCACCCAGUCUGAGGGACUCCCCAAGUAGCUAUGGGUAUGGUUGGGACAUGGAUGGGAGCUAUGGACACCACGAUAUCCAUGAUAUCCACGAUUCGGAUUUGGAGAGAGAUACUGCAAGUUCCAGUGGAUUUUGGCCAAGGGGCAGGCCAAGAAGCCAUUCACCACCAAAAUCCGCAAUCUUCCAACCCAUGGAAGCGAUGGCAGAGCGACGUCUGACGAAGGGGUCACCAUUGAAAGAUUCAGAAGCGCUUGGGGAAGCUGCUGGAUGCUUGGUCUCAGGAAUCUACCUGGUGAGUGCAAGGGGUGCUGUGUCAAAAAUGGCACCUGGGAAUCUGGGGAAUCCGGGGAAAGAGGAGAGAGAGGAGAGAGAGGAGAGAGAGGAGAGAGAGGAUGAGACCUUGGAAGAUCCUCCAGUCCAAGACAUCCAAGAAAACCGAGAGAUCCGAGACAUCCAAGAUGCUCAUCUGGAUCAAGGCUCAGCUCCAGUGGAUGGCAUGGGCCAAAGUAAUGCCCCGCCUGACGUCCCCGAGAUGGCCGGCGAUCAUUUCUCGCCUGACUCUGAAGAUGUCGAUGCGGUUCCAUCAGGUGCCUUUGUGCUACAAACUCCACGGAAGUACCGGAUUGGAAGACCACCAUGUAUGUUUGGAAGAUCACAUGUGAACAUUUUAGCCCAUCCGGAUAGUUUUCGUUGGUCGGAUCAUCGCUGUGCCCUAUCCCCCUUGGCUUUUGCGCUAUGUUCGCAAGCAGCUUCGGGAUACAGGAAGCUACAACUGAAUCGAUUGUUCCUCGGGUCGGCGACUUCCUCCCACAGUGACCCACCUGGCUUUAUGGUGCUAACCGGUCGUUGGAACAGAUGCCUUGAAGAUGAAGAUCACAACGACUGGAAGGUGGAUUCACCUCCACGUCGAUCCCAACACCGUCACCAUGCGCUUGAGGAUGUCCCUGAGUUCACCUCCAUGAAUUCUCAGCUUGGGAGCGCUGAAGCGCCACUUCCUGGGGUGGGAGCCUUCUUUGAGGAGCACUUCCCUGCCACGGAGAUGAAGGCAAGCGCGGCAAGCCCGGUCUACCAGGAGGACCAGAAUCACCAGCUGAAAAUACCCAAAUGA